AGAGCUACAUAUUAACUUUAUGAAAUAUUUAUGAAUUUGGACUUCUUUUCAAGAUUGUACAGUUUGACUCUCCUGCCAGAAGGUACAAAUGAUGCAAAAUGUACACCUGGCCCCAGAAACAGAUGAAGGUGAUCUUUAUUCUGGUUAUAAUGACUACAAUCCAACCUAUGAUACUGAGGAAUUGGAGAAUGACACAGCUUUCCAGCAAGCUGUGAGAACUAGUCAUGGCAGAAGACCUCCAAUAACUGCUAAAAUACCAAGCACAGCAGUUACUAGACCUGUAGCUACUGGAUAUGGGUCUAAAACAUCUCUUGCAUCAUCAAUGGGAAGACCAAUGACAGGGACUAUCCAGGAUGGAGUUACUAGACCUAUGACAGCAGUGAGAGCAGCUGGUUUUACAAAAGCAGCUUUGAGAGGCUCUGCAUUUGACCCUCUUGGUCAGUCAAGGGGACCUGCUCCUCCUUUAGAAGCCAAAAAUGAAGAUAAUCCUGAAGAAAAGAUUAGACAAUUAGAGAAAAAAGUAAAUGAGUUGGUAGAAGAAAGCUGUAUUGCCAACAGUUGUGGAGACUUAAAACUGGCUUUAGAAAAAGCAAAAGAUGCAGGAAGAAAAGAGAGAGUUCUAGUGAGACAACGAGAACAAACCGCAACUCCAGAAAAUAUCAAUUUGGAUUUAACUUACUCAGUACUUUUCAACUUGGCAAGUCAGUAUUCAGCUAAUGAAAUGUACGCUGAGGCACUAAAUACAUACCAAGUUAUAGUGAAAAAUAAGAUGUUUAGCAAUGCAGGAAGAUUGAAAGUGAAUAUGGGAAAUAUUUAUUUGAAGCAAAGAAAUUAUUCCAAAGCUAUUAAAUUCUAUCGAAUGGCAUUAGAUCAAAUUCCAAGUAUUCAUAAAGAAAUGAGGAUUAAAAUUAUGCAAAACAUUGGAGUUACAUUCAUUAAGACUGGUCAGUAUGCAGAUGCCAUUAAUUCACUUGAGCACAUAAUGAGUAUGGCACCAAAUCUGAAGGCAGGUUUCAACCUAAUUCUUAGUUAUUUUGCUGUUGGAGAUAGAGAAAAAAUGAAGAAGGCUUUUCAAAAGCUCAUUGCUGUUCCACUAGAAAUUGAUGAAGAUGAUAAAUAUAUUUCACCAAGUGAUGAUACACAUACAAAUUUAGUGAUUGAAGCUAUAAAAAAUGAUCUUCUACGGCAAAUGGAACGUGAAAGGAAAGCCAUGGCAGAAAAAUACAUCAUGACAGCUGCAAAACUCAUUGCCCCUGUAAUUGAAGCAUCUUUUGCUGUAGGUUAUGACUGGUGUGUUGAAGUUGUGAAAGCUUCUCCAUAUGUUGAGCUAGCAAAUGAUCUGGAAAUAAACAAAGCAAUUACAUACUUAAGACAAAAGGACUUUAACCAAGCUAUCGAGACCUUAAAAAUAUUCGAAAAAAAAGACAGUAGAGUGAAAAGUGCAGCUGCAACCAACCUUUCUUUCCUGUAUUACUUGGAAAACGAAUUUGCCCAAGCAAGCAGCUAUGCAGAUCUAGCUGUGAACUCUGACAGAUAUAAUCCCUCAGCUCUUACCAAUAAAGGAAAUACAGUUUUUGCAAGUGGUGAUUAUGAGAAGGCAGCAGAAUUCUAUAAAGAGGCUCUAAGAAAUGAUUCUUCUUGUACUGAAGCACUUUAUAAUAUUGGCCUUACAUAUAAAAAGUUAAAUAGACUUCUUGAAGCUUUGGACUGUUUCCUGAAACUUCAUGCAAUUCUAAGGAACAGCGCCCAAGUUCUUUACCAGAUUGCAAAUGUAUAUGAAUUAAUGGAAGAUCCUAAUCAAGCAAUUGAAUGGCUAAUGCAGCUGAUAAGUGUUGUCCCAACUGAUUCUAGAGCUUUGUCUAAACUAGGAGAAUUAUAUGAUAGUGAAGGAGAUAAAUCCCAAGCCUUUCAAUAUUACUAUGAGUCAUAUAGGUAUUUUCCUUCCAACAUUGAAGUCAUUGAAUGGCUGGGAGCCUAUUACAUUGACACCCAGUUUUGUGAAAAAGCCAUUCAGUACUUUGAAAGAGCUUCUCUUAUACAGCCUACACAAGUGAAAUGGCAACUGAUGGUAGCUAGUUGUUUUAGAAGAAGUGGUAACUACCAAAAAGCAUUAGAUACAUAUAAGGAAAUUCACAGAAAAUUUCCAGAGAACGUUGAAUGUCUGCGUUUCUUGGUUCGUCUGUGCACAGAUAUUGGAUUAAAAGAAGUUCAAGAAUAUGCAACAAAACUCAAGAGAUUGGAAAAAAUGAAAGAGAUAAGGGAACAGCGCAUGAAAUCUGGUAGAGAUGGCAGCGGGGGUCCCCGCAGCAAACGAGAGGGGAGUGCAAGCAGCGAUAGUGGCCAGAACUAUAGUGCCAGUAGUAAAAGUGAACGACUAAGUGCCAAACUCAGAGCUUUCCCUGGGACCAAUGAGCCUUAUGAAAGUAGCAGUAACAAAGAAAUAGAUGCCUCCUAUGUUGACCCACUUGGCCCUCAAACAGAAAGACCAAAAACUUCAGCCCAAAGAAGAUCCGACAAGGAUGAUUUUGCUGAUGAAGAAUUGGGAGAUGACUUGCUUCCAGAAUAAUAUUUGUUUUCAUAUGUUACUUAUUAGAGAAAAGAAAGUUACUCUUUAAAAAUAGUACUCAUUAAUCAUUGGUUAAAUAUCCAAACUUUGCAUAAUGUCAAAACAUUCAAUAACUAAUCUUCCCAUAU